AUGCUUGCUCGCUGCGGGCCCGUGAAUCGUCUCAACGCUGCAGAAAGUAGUCCCAACGAUAAAGGUGGAUAUUGCGUUACGGAACUGCGAAUAGGCGCGAUCAACACCCGAAUGUACGCAACGGUAACAAUUUGAAAUUUGUCGAAGGUUCUCAUAGCAGCUAUCACCAGAUUCAGUCAGACGAACGAGAAGAAGAGGCCUGAGAGCCUCGGCAUUUGUAAGUGGCGGCAAGCGGUGUGGUAUUCGGUGAUAUUCGUUGGUGCUAUUCAGUGGUAUUCCUACGCCGGCGCGCAACGAACGACGACGAAGAAAGAAACAGGAAGUUGGAAGGGGGCAUCAAGGCAGUUUAUUCGGUGAUACAUGUGGGCAUCUGCCGUGAUCUGCCGGUUACGUCGAGUUUAGCAUCGCGCUGUACGCGUUAAGUCGGAAUUACGGGGUGUCAGGCCGCGCAGCGCCAAGCCAUGCAGAUGGAUUCGACCACGGUGCAACUCAUCCAGGUCCUCGAGAAGACCGUAUCGCCAGAUAAAAAUGAGCUCGAAGCGGCACAAAAUUUUCUUGAGCAGGCAGCACAAACAAAUCUCCAUGAAUUUGUGCAACGCCUCAGCGGUGUGCUGGUCACUGCUGCAGCAAGUGCUGUUUCCCGAAUGGCAGCGGGUCUUCAACUAAAGAAUCAACUUACUUCCAAAGAUCCUGCAUUAAAGUCUCAGUAUCAACAGCGGUGGUUGGCCAUUCCUGUAGAGACGAGAGAGUACAUUAAGAAAAAUAUUUUAGAAGCGCUUGGGACCGAAACCAAUAGGCCAAGUGCUGCUGCACAAUGUGUAGCCUAUGUAGCUGUUGCCGAAUUACCAGUUGGUCAAUGGAACGAUCUCAUUCCAUUGCUCGUAAGCAACGUGGCCAAUCCAAACAGCACAGAAAUGAUGAAGGAGGCCACUUUAGAGACAAUAGGUUACAUCUGCCAAGAAAUCGAGAGUGAAGUCCUCGAAUCACAGUCUAAUCAAAUCCUCACAGCCAUCAUCCAUGGAAUGAAAGGGUCCAACACUUCAAAUCACGUUAGACUCGCAGCGACCAGUGCUCUCUUCAAUUCCCUUGAAUUUACCAAAGGAAACUUUGAAAUAGAGUCUGAGAGAAAUUUUAUCAUGGAAGUGGUCUGCGAAGCGACUCAGUCUAGCCACACGCAAGUCAGAGUGGCUGCUCUGCAAUGUCUUGUAAAAAUUAUGUCCUUGUACUAUCAGUAUAUGGAACCGUAUAUGGCCCCAGCGCUAUUUCCCAUUACUUUGGAGGCCAUGAAGUCCGACAUCGACGAAGUUGCGCUGCAGGGUAUUGAGUUCUGGUCCAACGUAUCCGACGAAGAGGUAGAUCUGUCGAUGGAGGAAGGUGAGGCCUUGGAAGGAGGACGUCCACCAGUAAAAGUUUCGAGGCACUACGCAAAGGGCGCUCUCCAAUAUCUGGUGCCAGUACUCAUGCAAAAGCUAACCAAGCAGGAGGAAUUCGACGACGAGGAUGAUUGGAAUCCGUCAAAGUCAGCCGGGGUGUGUUUGAUGCUAUUAUCCUCCUGCUGCGAGGAAGCCAUUGUACCGUACGUGCUGCCCUUCGUCAAGGCCAACAUUAAGAGUCCCGACUGGAGAUUCCGUGAUGCCGCGCUUAUGGCCUUUGGCUCGAUUCUCGGAGGACUCGAACCAAGUACUCUGAAGCCACUUGUCGAGCAAGCCAUGCCGACCCUCAUCGAACUCAUGUAUGACAACAGCGUUGUGGUCCGGGACACCGCAGCAUGGACAUUCGGACGGAUUUGUGAGAUCAUUCCCGAGGCAGCAAUAAACGAGACGUAUUUAAAGCCUCUUCUGGAAUCGCUGGUGAAUGGGCUAAAGGCAGAACCAAGGGUCGCCGCGAAUGUAUGUUGGGCGUUUACCGGACUCGCCGAGGCCAGUUACGAGUCUACCGAGACAGCGGCCGACAAACAACCGGAAACGUAUUGCAUGUCGCAGUACUUUGACUUUAUUGUCCAGAGGCUCCUAGAGACGACAGAUAGGCCGGACGGUGCACAAGCGAACUUAAGGUCGGCGGCGUAUGAGGCUCUCAUGGAGAUGGUUAAGAAUUCCCCUCGCGAUUGUUACGUGACCGUACAGCGUACCACUAUGGUCAUACUCCAGAGGCUGCAGCAGGUUCUGCAAAUGGAAACGCACAUUCAGAGUCAUUCGGAUCGCGCCCAGUAUAACGAUCUUCAGUCACUACUAUGCGCGACACUACAGUCGGUACUGCGUAAAGUCACGCCAGAAGAUGCACCUCAGAUAUCGGACGCAAUCAUGACCGCGUUGCUCUCCAUGUUCAACUCGAACUCGUGUAAAUCCGGCGGCGUUCAAGAGGACGCGCUAAUGGCCGUGUCGACCCUGGUCGAAGUGCUGGGCGAAGGAUUCCUCAAGUACAUGGACGCGUUCAAGCCAUUCCUUUGCCUUGGUCUGAAAAAUCAUGCCGAGUAUCAAGUGUGCGUCACCGCGGUGGGUCUCACUGGGGACAUCUGCCGUGCCCUAAAGAAUAAAAUCCUUCCGUACUGCGACGAGAUCAUGACUCUUCUUCUGGAGAAUCUUGGAAACAACAGCGUGCAUCGUUCCGUGAAGCCGCAGAUUCUCGCAGUCUUUGGAGACAUUGCACUGAGCAUUGGGCCCGAGUUCAAGAAGUAUCUAGACGUCGUACUGCAGACUCUGGCGCAAGCUUCGCAGGCGAACGUUGACAGAUUGGAUUACGAUAUGAUCGACUAUCUGAACGAACUGCGCGAGGGCAUUCUCGACGCGUACACAGGAAUAGUGCAGGGUCUCAAAGGGGACGGGAGCACGCCAAAUCCUGAUGUGAAUCUACUCGAGCCACAUGUUCCCUUCAUGAUCCAGUUCAUCACUUCGAUCGCACGGGAUCGAGAGCAUUCCGAUGGCAACGUAGCCGCUUCCGCAGGACUGAUCGGUGACCUGGUAACGGUCUUUGGCGUGACGCUCUUGCCAAUGAUAGAUAACGAACCGAUAAUGGAUCUCCUAACCAAAGGCAGACGAUCGCGCACCAACAAGACGAAGGCCGUAUCCGCGUGGGCUGCCAAGGAAAUUCGGAGAUUAAAGAAUACCCUCAAUGCGCCGUCUAGUUGAUUACCCCACGGUUGUACUGUCGUGCAAUUUCAUUUGACUAGAACGCUAUCGAACACAAUACAAAGACAACAAGAUUGGAUGGUGCGGAUGCGAGUUGAUGGAUGUGCGUGAGUUCCAAAAGGAUGACGAUGAGGUGAUGAUGAAUAAGUCUGCACGUGUCCCAGUCCGCCGGCGAAUAAUAUUGCCCUGGUGUCGAAGCAGCCCCAUUCUCAAUACCUGUACGGAUCCCGGAUGCUGAAUGCCAACUACGGAUGAUGAGAGAUGCAAGUGGAAUAUGUUGCCGAUGAAUGAGAGAAGAAUGAAGCCCUGUCGUGGUCCGGUGAUGCAAGUGUGCCUGAUAAUCGAGCCUGCAUCUUCUACCCGCGUGAUUGUAACGUUUGACCACUGUGAAACUUUCGACGUGUGAUCGAAUUAAGGAAGAAUGAGCGUUGACCGCAAGAAGAAUGUCCGUAAACGAAAGGAAGAGAGAGAGAGAGUGCGUGUGCGUGUGCGUGUAAAAAGAUAGGGAGAGUGCGUGAGAAUGAAAUGUUGUAAGAAAGGUCGUUUUUUAAGGAAAGCCUAAGAAAUGUAUGAGAGAGCAUUUGAAAGAAAAAUUUAAAAAAAAAAUGAAAAAAAGAAUUGAGCCGAGCAAAAUCCGGAGUGCCAGGAUCGUAUAUGAAAUGGAAUAAGUUUGUUUUUAUGCGCGUAGCUUUGUGCGUGCUCACUGGUAUGCAUGUAUCAAUGUACGAUUGCGUUAAGAGUACAUGAGAAGACUGCGAGAAUCGAUGAUCUGUAGUACGACGUGUAUGUUACUUUCCUCGAAUGUGAAUGUCCGUUGCUGUUGAUUCAUUAAAGUUAAUAUUUUGCUGGCAUCAAUUAUUGAGUUGUAACCGAACGCCUCACGUCCAGUACACGUAUCUCCACCGAUGGCAACAAAAAAAAAUAAAUAAAAAAAAAAAGGGACAUAUCGUUCCUAUGCAGCACGUAGGUAAUGGUCGCACUCUCGAAUACAUUAUACGCUUCGCAUUGGGCUACUGCACACCUUCAGGCGUAAUCAUCGUUUUCAAGCGAUCGACGCUCGAUUAUUCUUACGCGCAUAGAAAUGUUACCUGCUCGCGACACAUUCCAAGGUACUUUAUUCGAUUUCGCGCAGAGAUUUGCAGUAACGAAACGUACAAUGAAAAUGCAUGCGCUUUCCUGAAGUCAAAUUACGCCAAUUUUUAAUUUUUUUUUCUCUUUUCCUUUCCCUAUACUUUUCUUAUCCUUGUACCGCCACUCUGCUGGGAUUAGCACGUGAGGCGGUAUGCGACGUUACGGAAUCCUAUAAAUAUUACUCAGGAAUAAAACGAAACGUCGUACUAGGGAAUAUCGUGAAUUCGUUAAAUAGUAAUAUCUCUUUAAUUUUCGACUGUUAGAGAAUAGAGAAUAGAGACUGGAGCGAAACCUCGAGGAGCGCGUCAAGCACCGUGCUCGCAAGUUUUUCAAUAUUUUUCAAAGGUUUGAGGAACGUGGAAGGGAGUGUGGGGGGGGGGUGACGCGUACAAGGGCAGGAGGGUAGCUAGCCCCUCCCCUCCCCCUUUGACUUUCAUUCUUAUCGCCAGGGUGCACAUUUCCUCUCCAUCCGUGGUGCCCGAUACCCGUUGCCCAGAAAAAGAAAGAAUCGCAGGUGCGCGCCUACUUCACCUCACAAUCAGUCCUCUUGGUCUUCAUGGAAGCAUUCCCAUUGUUCAUGUAUUUAUAUCAUAUUGAUACGAUUACUAGCUGUAGGCUUUUGCAUCGAUCCAAUCUUACCGCGGUGAUGUAUAAGGAGCGGAAGGAGCCCAGGAAAAAAGGAAAUAUAGAUUAAUAAAGAGUCCUAUGUCGCUUGCGAUGUUCUUCAUUUUCGUGACUAUCGGACCAGGUGAAUCUUACAUAUCUUUCGGCAAGAUUCUGUUCCUGUAGGUGAUGAGCGGACGAAGCGUUCGUUAGAGUUAGCGUGAAGGGGGUUUAGUAAUUGGGGGGGAGGGGGGGGGAUCAAAAUUUCUUGUAUCUUUGGUCGAACUAAAAAUGCUGCCUAAGAAAUAUUAAAUAAUAGCAGUUGGCGUCGUCUAAAGCGCGCGUGUAAUUGGCCAUCUGCAGGAUGAAUGGGGUCCCCGUUGUUUGCCGAGUGAAGUGAAAGGGUGGCUGCUGGAGAUUCAAAUGGAGGAUGUUAAGGAUGACAGAGUCGAGUGAGAAUGACCGAUCAUUAAUGUAUUUCCUGUGGCUGUGCCUGUGGUAUGUCGCACGGUGGUGCAUCGUAUGUGAGUCUAAUAUGCGCGAACAAAUGGAGGACGUGUCGACGCAAUAACCAUUUUGCAUUGUAUCAAUGAAUCUGGUGCGGUGAAUUAAUUUACGUGGGUCGUUGCGGCUAGCGAGAAAGUUUUUGAUUUCAAAGUAGGUGUGCGCAAAGAGGGUGCAACUACUGUGGCUCCGUCGAGCGUCGCGACGCAAGGAACAUAAAGAGUGCUGAAAUCAGAAUGGUGGAAGGAAAUCGAGUGGAGCGAGUGUGAAGGAAAUUAUGUUGCCGUACGAGAGAGAGAGAGAGAGACGCAAGACGCGCGGGUACAGAGCGCUGGCUGGCAAGUGGUCGAGGGGUCAAAUUCGAAUCGGACAAGUGGAGCCUCCGGACCGGGUCGAGCAGCGUCAAACGUGUCGACGAUGUUCCACCUGAGACGAACAGCCGAGUCUCCUUGGAGUCUGCACACUUGCCCCAGUGCACGUGAGCGACGAAGCCUCAGUCCAAAAUUUCCAGCGUCGCGUUGUCGUUUUUCUCUGUGGUAGCGAAUUACGUGAAAUUCGGCAGGAUUACGUUCCUCCGUAAUUGACGAAUGGCGUCGGUGCGCCGGGGGAACCGUCGAGUCCAUUAACGGGGAUGCGUUUAGUUUAAUGAAAAUAAAUCGCACUUGAAGGCAAAGAAGAGUAAUUCCGCAUGCGGUAUAUGAGUGUGUGUGUGUGUAAGUGCGAGAGAGUGAGGAGACGAUGACUGUCCCUUGAGUCGGUUAUACAUGUGUUCAUGAUUGAAUUUGCGUGGUGAAAAUGUUAAUUGUGCAAAUAACUGCGAAAGAGAUUGUAUAGACACGCACGCGGAGUCAUUGUAAUCUAAUAACAAAUCAAUUACGUACACCGGUACACAUGCUACAGGAUCUUACGUACACACGACAUAUAUUUUUUUCAUUUCAAUACUAUAAAUACAUUCGACUUUCUUGUGAGAAAUUGCGAAGCGCCGUAUGACGGAGUCAAGCAGAACUCUUGUGCCAUAUUUAAUGAAUCUUCGAGUCUCGAUGCUUCUCUCGUAGAUAGUAGAACACUCGUAGCAUAUAGGGUGCACUAUAGAGGCCUCGGAGUACGUUGCAGCACUUUGCAGAUUGGAGCUCCCAUGUCAGGACGACAUGCGUUAUUCUUUCUGCGGCAUGACCGCACCUUCCUUACGCGCAUAGUAUGUACUACUUCUAUUUCUCUCUCUCUCUCUCUCUCUCUCUCUCUCUCUCUCUCUCUGACUCCAUCUUUCAUUCAUUUCUCUAGUCUCCGUUAUCCUCGCCUUCGUAAUACGAGCAUGUGUGGCGCAAGAAACAAGAAAAGAAAAUCCGAUCGACUAAAAUGUUUGGCAGAUCUCAUUUUGAGAUCCUCCUGGAAUAAAAGAUUUUAAUUGUAAA